GGCCCCAGAACUAGAAGAAGAAUUCCAAGCUUAGCCCAAGGGCCGAGUGAGUCUGUUAACCGCUCAUUCGUGGGAACCUGUUGCCGCCUUUUCUCUUCGAUUCAAACGUUCAAAAUCUACCUGUCCUUCUCGUGAGACACCCCUUCUUCGAUCUACACUCUCGCUGUUCCAGGCGUUUCAAAUUUUUUAGACUUUCUUAUCCCAAAUCACCUUCUAACUCCUUUCAAUGGAUCCCAAUUCGACCCCAUUUCCAGGCAAAUCAAAUCCUUUAAAACCAAAAACUAGCAGGAAAAGUUCUGUAGUUCCAAAGACUGUUGCCAAUGCACUUCCAAUUUCCAGGCAGAGGAGGGUGUUUGGAACGGUUCGCAAUGGAAACUUAUCAGCAAAAACUGCAACCCAGGAACAUAUUAUCACACCCUCAAGUGGUUUCGCUGAAAAGCAAACGAAAUCGACCCAAAACACUCCGAAACCUAUGCGUUCUGCCACGGUGGAGAAGAAGUCCCCUGCCAUUAUCAAACCCUCAAGUGAAUUCGCUGAAAAGCAACCUAAAUCGACCCAAACCACUCCACAACCUGCGGAAACUGCCACGGUGGAGAAGAAAUCCCCUGCCACUAUCAAACCCUCCACUGGUUUCGGGGAAAAGCAAAUUAAUUCGAUCCAAAACUCUACGCAACCUGCGGAUACUGCCGCGGUGGACAAGAAGUCCCCUGCCAUCGUCAAAACCUCAAGUGGUUUAGCGGAAAAGCAACCUAUAUUGACCCAGAACACUACGCAACCUGAGGACACUGCCGCGGUGGAAAAGAAGUCUCCUACCAUUAGCAAAACCUCAAGUGGUUUCGCUGAAAAGCAACCUGUAUCUACCCAAAACACUCAACAACCUGCGGUCACUGUCGCGGUGGAGAAGAAGUCUCCUGCCAUUAACAAAACCUCAAGUGGUUUCUCUGAAAAGCAACCUAAAUCGACCCAAAACACUCCACAACCUGUGGAAACUGCCGCGGUGAAGAAGAAGUCCCCUGCCAUUAUCAAAUCCUCAAGUGGUUUCAUUGAAAAGCAACCUACUUCGACCCAAAACAGUCCGCAACUGGCAGGCAAUGCCGCAGUGGAGAAGAAAUCUCCGGAAAAGGCAAGACCCAGAUUGAAGAAGAAGAUCGUUUCCUUUCCGGACCACGUUGAAGAAAAAGCCGCAAACGCUGUGGGGGCAGAAAACUCUGUUGCGCCGCGGACUCCAGUGGCGUCGGCUUCUUUAACUAAGCCAAAAAUCCCAGGCACGCCGUACCACAGUGCUGAGAAUUGCAGCAAGUGCCGAUUCGAUAGGCUGGAGACUUCGUCCUACUGGCUUAAUCAGAUCAAGUUGUCGGAGUCCGUCGGGAAGCAUUUCGUGUCUGCUGCUUUCUUUCGCCUUGCCUUUGAAUCCAAAGCCGAGCCUUUGAGGAACCUCCGUGUUGAGCUGAAGAGGUAUUUGGCACGCCAUGGGUGCCUAUCUGAGCAGACAGAGUGGAGAGUAGUUUCUGAUAGCUAUGGAUUACCCAAGCAUGGAAGCAACACAGGAGGGGUGGAUUCUGGUAUGGAACAAUACCGGAUGUCCGGCACCGCUGAGACAAAUGGUGAUGAAGGUGAGAUGCAGGGACAGACAGAUCAAGGAACAUCUUCUUGAAGAGCCUCGCUCAUACAAGAACAAACUAAAUCUGUCACUUUGGUUUCAUAUUGUACCAGAUGCUCACCACUCAUCUAGACUCUUCAUUAGACCUUAAAUUAUGUUGAAUUGAUGAGAAAUAUUGUAUAGUAUAUUGGGACAAUACAGAGUUCAAAAGCUUAAGCUAAUAGCUAGGUCUGGGUCCUAUUGUGCUGUUUUAUAAAUUUAUAAACACUUGAAAUGACUCUUUCAUUUGCAUGCGAGCA